AUGUCACUGCAAAAUAGGGAGCAAUCCAAAGAAAUGCUUCAUUCUCAAGCUCACAUAUGGAACCACAUUUUUAGCUUUGUGAAUUCCAUGUCACUCAAAUGUGCAAUUGAACUCCAAAUACCUGAUAUCAUUGAUGGUCAUGGUGCACCAAUGUUGCUAUCCGAGUUAGUCGAAGCCCUCCCCAUCAACAAAGAGAGAACCACCUUUGUCUAUCGACUUAUGCGCAUCCUUGUCCACUCUGGUUGUUUCAUGAAACAAAGUCUAUCCACAACUACAGGCAAUGAUGAAGAGGAGGAAAGAGAAGGCUAUUUGCUAACUCCUGCUUCUCGACUCCUUCUGAAGGAAGAACCAUUUAGCAUUAGGCCCCUUUUGCUGUUCAUGUUAGAUCCAAUACUGAUGGAUCCAUGGCAAAACAUGAGUGAAUGGUUCAAAAACAAAGACAUAACUCCUUUUCACACAACCCACGGGAAGUCGAUGUGGGAUUUAGCAAGCCGGGAGCCGAAAGUUAACCAAUUCGUCAAUGAAACAAUGGCUAGUGAUGCAAAGCUUAUAGGAAGUUUCAUUACUAAACAUUGUGCAGAUGUUUUUCAAGGGUUGAAUUCAGUUGUUGAUGUUGGUGGUGGUACUGGAACCAUUGCUAAAGCCAUUGCCAAAGCUUUUCCGAGUAUCAGUUGCAUUAGUUUUGAUCUUCCGCACGUUGUCAAUGGUUUGGAGGGAAGUAAGAAUAUGAGUUACGUUUGUGGGGACAUGUUUGAAGCAAUUCCUAAAGCUGAUGCGGUUUUCUUGAAGUGGAUACUACAUGAUUGGAAUGAUGAAGAAUGCAUAAAGAUAUUGAAACGAUGCAAAGAGGCGAUACCGAACAAGGAAUAUGGAGGAAAAGUGAUCAUUGUAGAUAUGGUGUUGAAAAACGAAGAAGCAGGUGAGAAAUCGUUAGAGACUCAGCUUUUCUUCGAUAUGCUUAUGAUGGUCAAUGCGACAGGAAGGGAGAGGAGUGAAAAAGAUUGGUCAAAGCUCUUCUAUGAUGCUUGUUUUAGCCAUUAUAAAAUAACUCCGAUUUUGGGAUUAAGGUCUAUCAUAGAAGUGUAUCCGUAGUUAAGUGGCACUAAUAAUUUCAACACCACAUAAUUGCCGAUGAAGUUACUAAAGGAUGAGCUUGCUUGUAUGUUUUCACCAUUGUUCUUUUUCAUCAAUGUUAUUUUCUUCA